GAAGAAGAAGAUUACUUCCUCCCUUUAGAGGACCAACGCGUCUUCGGCGCCGGGAUCCGCCGCAAGCGCGUCCCCUUCGUGCGCUCCUCCGACGGGCCCGACCUCAACACCACCGACGCCGCCCUCCACCGCCAUGCCGCCGCGUCCACCGCACCUAGUACAACGACAGGCGCCACCAUCGCGAACAAAUACCUCUCCAUUGUCCUCUCGAAAUCCGCUACGCCUACCCCGGAAGAGUCCACAGUAGAUUACCCAGCCACAGCUCCAUCCACCACCACCACCACCACCACCACCACGAAUACCCCCACCACCGCUACAGCAGCAGCAGCAGCGAGUCCACAAUCCCACCCCGCACCAACACCACCAUCAACCACCACCCCUCCCCCUCUCGAACACAACAACUCGAACCCGACAUCUCAAAUCUGCCAAAUCUGCAACCUCCCUUACACAGCAGCAUCCUCAUCAGAGACCCAACCCGCAGCAGAAACCACCCCCCAUCCCCACCCCCGCCCCCACGAAGCCUCCCUCGCGCACCAACUCUGCCUCACCCACUCGCAUCCGCCCUCGCACCUGGACCGCACCCGCCCGGGCCUGCGCUACCUGGCCGCCUACGGCUGGGACCCGGACAGUAGGCUGGGGCUGGGGGCGCCGGGGCGGGAGGGGAUCGUGGCGCCGGUGAAAGGGAAAGUGAAGGUUGAUACGGUGGGGUUGGGAGGUGCAGGCCAAGCAUCGGAUGAGGAGGGGGACCACAAAAGACGGAGGCGCGGGGGCGGUCAGGAUGCCGGGGGCACCAGGGGCGGUGGGAAAGUGCAGAAGUUGAAUGCGAAGGAGGUGCGGAGGGGGCAGGUGGAUGCCAGGAAGCGCGGGGAGAGGCUGCGCGAGUUGUUCUACCAGGAUGAGAGGGUUUUGAGGUAUCUUGGGGGUGGUUGA